AUGUCGGCUACACUUACAAUUGGCAGCAGCCACCCUAAAGAGCUGGAUUUUGAAAACUUUUACAACGUCAUUAAUGGCGAACUAACUAAAACCAAAGAAAUCCGUAAUGGAACAAAUCCAUCUACUUUGGAGAAAAACCCGGACGUACCGGUCUCGACUGUAGAGGAUGUAAACCGCGCGGUUGACGCUGCGAGGGCAGCUGCCCAUGCAUGGGCUCUGACUCCAUGGACCGAACGGCAGAAGGCCAUUCUGAGCUUUGCAGAUGCUCUUUCAGAAUCCAAACUGGCCUUUGCAAGAAUGCAGACCAUCGAGCAGGGCAAGCCGCUUGCUCUCGCCAUGGACGAGAUUGAUAAGGCCGUUCAGUGGCUGACUGUUCAGGCGAAAAUGACCCUACCGAACGAAGUGGUCGAAGAGACGGACGAGAAGCGCGUUGUCACUCGGUAUACACCAUUGGGUGUCGCACUGGCAAUAGUCCCAUGGAAUUCGUGCGGGAAAAUUGCUCCGGCUUUGGUCACUGGGAAUACACUGAUUCUAAAACCAUCGCCAUACACACCAUACUGUGGACUAAAACUGGCCGAACUGGCUCAACGAUUCUUCCCCCCUGGCGUGUUCCAGGCGCUGAGUGGUGGAGACGACCUAGGCCCCAUGUUGACAGAACACCCAGGAAUUGACAAAGUCAGCUUUACGGGAUCAACAGCCACAGGGAAACGAGUUAUGAAGAGCUGCAGCAACACACUGAAACGUGUGACUUUAGAGCUGUUGGUUUACCUGAUACACGGUGUGGGCUCUGUGCUAACAGAAACCAGUGGGGGUAAUGACCCUGCCAUCGUGUGCGCGGACGUUGACGUGACCGAGACUGCACAAAAGAUUGCGCUUUUCUCCCUGCUAAACUCAGGUCAAAUAUGUGUUGCCAUCAAGCGAAUAUAUGUGCACUCUUCUAUUUUCGCUGAGUUCACGCAGGCAUUGGUCCAAAUGACGCAGGCAUUCCGCGUAGGGGAUGGGCUUGGCGAUGUCGAGCUUGGCCCGGUGCAGAAUUCCAUGCAGUAUGAGCGCGUCAAGGACCUGUUGGCCAAGAUUGAGGCGCAAAACCUGAAGAUUGCCACCGAGUUGAAAGCUUCGGACGCUUCUGACCCUACCAAGAAGGGAUACUUCAUCACGCCAACGGUCAUAGAGAAUCCUCCAGAUGACUCCUGUAUAGUUGUCGAGGAGCCUUUCGGCCCCGUCUUCCCGGUUUUGAAGUGGGAUACCGAAGAAGAAGUUCUAAGGCGAGCCAAUGACACAGAUAUGGGUCUGGGGGCAUCGGUCUGGACGAAGGAUCUCGAGAAGGCCGAAAGUCUAGCAAGCAGACUCAACGCUGGUAGCGUAUGGGUCAACACACAUCUUGAACUGCAGCCAAACGCGCCUUUCGGUGGCCACAAGCAGAGCGGCAUUGGUUGCGAAUGGGGACUGCAAGGUCUCCGAAGCUAUUGCAACACGCAGACCUUGUUCCUCAAGAAGAAACGAUAG